AUGAGAGUUACGUUCCAAGUUGCCUUCUUGCUAGCAUGCUGCGUUUGGGCUAUAAUCGCUCAGGCUCAGAGAAGCAAUCAGGAUAACAGCAGUUACAGCAAUCCAGAUGAAAUAACUAGCAAUGAUAGAACUGGAAGGACUGAGCCAAUCCGCUUCAGCAACAAAGCCAAAGACGAUUGUUUAAUGGUCGUAUCAAGCUACAGGAACUUCACAAAACUGCGCGUUUCCUGUAAAACCAAGGACAAGUCAUAUUGGUGCAAUUACCUUGGUAAGCCAAACCUGUGCCAGGCCUACAACAACAAACCACGCCACUAUUUUACCCAGAUCAUGUGGGAGAUGCGCAAAUUGCAGAAUUCCUGCCAGGGCCUUCGCACAUAUAAACCGAAAAUGUGCCGCUCUGCAGCAGAUCAAGCACAGAUGGUAUUCUAUGCAUCCUGGCCCAAAAUUCAGAAACAACACCAACCUGGUAAGGCUGGUCCAACAUUCAAGAAGCCGAAGCCACAGCAGCCUGCAAAGGAAGGCUCAAAGCCAGUUAGGAAUCCUGCUCUCAAACCUAUUCAGCCUCAGAAACCUGCUAAAACCACCACACAGAGACCCACAGAGACACCCACGAGCUGGGCAGAAAAAGUAGCAGAGCAGCACUGUUGGACGAGCGUACAGGAUAUCUGUUCCUUCUUCCUCGGCUGGUUCAAGUGA